UCGUCCCUUCGCUCUCGUCUGACCUCCGCGAUUCACCCAAAAGCACCACUUCCGUUGCCAUCCAGCACAUCUGUUUGAGCCACGAAUCACCUCAGCAACCGCCAUUUCGAUACUCCACCAUGGGCGACUCUAUCUACCAUUCCCGCAUGCGCCAAUGGUUUGCCUCCAGCCCUCCCGUCACCUGGGGCAUACGUCAGCUCCGAGAAUUGUUGAUUGGAGCUCUGCGUCAAGGCCCAAUUCCACAGCACGUUGCAUUUGUGAUGGACGGGAACCGGCGGUUUGCCAGGAACAACCAUCUGGAGACUGUCGAGGGUCAUAAUCUGGGCUUUGAAGCUCUGGCGCGGAUCCUUGAAGUGUGCUACAAAUCCGGAGUGAAAGUUGUCACGGUUUACGCCUUCAGCAUUGAGAACUUCAAGCGCUCCAAAUACGAAGUCGACGCUCUCAUGGAGAUGGCCAAGACCAAGUUGACUCAAUUGUCACAGCAUGGAGCUCUACUUGACCGAUAUGGCGCCUCCAUUCGAAUCCUCGGACAACGAGAAAUGGUCAGACCUGAUGUUCUGGAAAGAGUGGACGCCGCCAUCAAGUUGACUGAGAAGAACACAAGAUGCAUCCUGAAUGUUUGCUUCCCUUACACAUCGCGAGAAGAGAUCACUGGCGCGGUCCAAAAGACUGUCUCGAACUUCAGCAAACCAAUCCCACCUCCCCUCAAGCGUCCCUUCUCUGAAACCCACAUAACCCGCAACCUCCGGGCGCAGACCAACCAUUCAGUGCCCGAGGACGCACAAUCCCAGAACUCAUCAUCACGCUCUGCGUCAACCUCCUCUUCUAAGUCUUCCCAAGAAAACGGUCAGGAUUAUAGCUCGGCCGACGCCUACCCCGAAUCCUCUGCGCCUACUCUCGCGGAUCCUGCCGACACGAACGAGAAGAUACGAGAGGUAUACCCGGACUCAGAGUCAAUCACAGCGGAGACCUUGACCGCGAACAUGUUGACCGCCGAAGCACCGCCAUUGGAUCUCCUAGUCCGCACAUCAGGCGUCCAGCGCCUGAGCGACUUCAUGCUCUGGCAGUGCCACCAGAAUACCUCCAUCGUCUUUCUCGACUGUCUAUGGCCCGAGUUUGAUCUACGGCAAUUCCUGCCUGUGCUGGUGGAAUGGCAAUGGCAACGAAAGAAGGAGCUAGAGAAUUCAGGAGGCCGGCUACGAGACAAGGAGGACUGAAACAGGAACGAGACAGCAAAAACAAUUCAUGGAUUUGAUUCAAGUAAACAAAGCAAGGACGUAAGGACGGUAAAUCCGAUUAGCGAGCGAGCACAGCGAGUGGCAAAGGGCGGCUGAAACAUACAGCUCUUUCGAUACCCAGCUGCAUCUCAAAUGCAGCCAUUGUUCAUAGCUCUGGUUAGCAUAGGACAGUGUACAUACAUUGAUAACUCUUCGAACUCAGCUAUACACACUUAACUUUAUAUUUGCCCAACUGUUUCA